UUCAUAGAAAUCAACAGGUGUUAAUUGACUGUUGUCAGGCACUUUAAUUCUCCUUUCGUUUUUAUGUUGCACCUGCUUUCUUCUUUCCAAAAUUUGGAAAGGCUCGAAGAGAAUUUUACAGAAUUUCUACAUUUGUACCCAAUUCAAUCCUGUGAUACAUAUGUUUGUUUUCUAUUCCCACAAAUUUGUCCCAAUUCAUGCACAAGAACUUCAGCUGACAAAGGGCCCUGCAAAUUACUUACGCAAACCAAUACAAUAAUUCUCUCAUGGAACACAGCAGCUGGAGUCUCGCCCCUAAUGCCAGAAGCAAGAUGGUUACAAAGAUAAUGGAUACUCUUCAAAAACACAUGCCUGACAGAGGUCCUGAAGGCAUGGAUGAUCUGAAAAAGAUUGCUUUGCGGUUUGAAGAGAAGAUUUACUCUGCUGCUGCAGACCAGCAAGAUUAUCUACGGAGAAUUUCUACAAAGAUGAUAUCGUUGGAAACAAAAAGCCAGGUUUCUCAAGGGAAUACUUUGCCAAUUAUUUCUGCUGGUAGCAGCCAGAAGCCUCUGGAUCCUGGACCUAUGAUAUCAUCACAGCUGCGAAACCCAUCACAAACAUUAGCAAAUGAUUUUCCACUGACUGGUCAAUCUCAAUUGCAACAGCAGCUACAACAAAAUCUUCCAAACAGCAUGAGUGCAGGUGGAAUGCAGAGUGCAGCUCCCUUGUCAUCUGCCAUGUCUCCAGUUUCAAGCUUAUCUCAAAGUACAGGUGGACAGUGUUUUGGCACUCAAAAUGCAAUACUCAAUUCCACAGGCCAAGGUUUAGCUCAAAAUGCUCUUCUUGCAAAUGCUCAGAGGCAGAUGCAAACAAGGCAACAGCAACAUCAGCAGCAAGUGAUUCAACAACAACAGUCACAGGUCCAACAGCAACUCUUACAGCAGAAACAACAUGCUAUUUUGAAACAGAGGCUUCAACAACAGUCACAACAUGGACCAUCAAUGCUUCUGCAGAAGCAGCAACAUUUUCAGCAGCCACAGCAACAAUUUCAGCAUCAACAGCAACAUAUUCAGAACCAACAACUUGUGCAACAAAAUCAGCUCCCAACUUCACAACAGUCUAUCCUGCAACAAGUACAACCACCAUCUCUUCAAUCAACUCAACAAUCACUCAUGCAGCAUUCUCAGUCAUCUGUUUUACAAUCUGCUCAACAAACAGUCCAACAACAAACUCAACCAUCCUCUUUACAACAAACUUCUUCGUCCCUCCUACAGAAGCACCAGCAACCUGUUGUCAGACAUCAGCAGCCACAACAAGCUGUUACACAACAACCAUCUAUUCUUCAGCAACAACCACCUUCCCUUACUAAUGUUUCAGAUAUGCAGCAGCAGCAGCAGCAACAACAACUACAGCAGCUUCUGCAAGCCAAGAAUGCUCAACAUCAACAAACACAGCAAGCAUCAUCAUCCUUGUUACCAUCACAGUCAGAGCAGUUGCAGCAACAGACACAACAGCAGCAACUCCUCUCCAAGCUCCAACCUCAACCUCAGCAAUUGCAACAGCAGCAACCAGUGCUAUUGCAGCCAAAUCUGACACAGCAGGAACUUCAGCCAAGGCUUCACAGUUCUUCUGUUUUAUUGCAGCAGCAGCAACAAAAUUCUAUUGAACAGCAAAAGCAGUUGUUACAGUUUCAAUCCCGUAUGAUGUCAGAUGCUGCUACAACAAAUAUGGAGUCAUUAGCUCAAACAGGACAAACAACUGUUGUUGAGAUGCAGGAGAGGAUUUAUCAGAGGAUGCAAGUUCUCAAGGAAAUGUAUCUUCCGGAAUUACAAGAGUUGUACCAAAAGCUUCAUAUGAGAUCUCAGCAGGCUAUGCCUCGUGAUCAAUUGGCUAAGCUUCAGCAGUACAAAGAUUCGGUGAAUGGUUUCAUUCGAAUUAUUCAACAUCCAAGGGGCAGUAUUCUAGCAACAACAAAAGAAGAAAAGGUAGAUGCCUUUGAGCUGAAAAUUAAAACCAUACUAAGCCAAGCUAGGUUAAGAAGACCUGCAUUGCAACAAGAAGGACAACAGCAAAUUCCACCUCAGACAGGAAUUCAGGUGCAACCUAUUCAGCAGUCGCAACUUCAAAUAUCUCAGAUGCAACAAGAGAAGCAUGUUAACCAUCUCCAACAGAUGAAUUCACAGGUUCCAAUGACAUCAAUGCAAUCAAACACUGUGCCACCUAUUCAGCACAGUUCCUCACAAAUGAUGCUUCAGUCUGGUCUUCAAACAUCACAACAAAAUAUCCAAACUGCAAUGCAAUCUGUGGGCAAUCUAAAUUCAACACAGGGAUCUGGUUUAGGCACCUUUCAGCAGAGUUCAGUUAGCUCCCUUCAACAUAAUAAUAAUAAUAAUAGUUAUACUCUUCAGCAAAACAAUUCCGCGAUUCAGCAGAAUAGCAUCAACUCCGUGCAGCAGAGUGGGAUCAGCACUUUACAAAACAAUAUAAAUCCUGUACAAUCGAAUGUCAAUGCUUUAAAUCACCAAGCAAUGAAACAAGAGAUGUUACAAGUACAGCGGAAGAUUAUUCUAGCACAACAGCAGCAACAACAACAGCAGCCACUGCAUCAAAGUCAACAGUUUCGGCAACAACAUUUACAGCAGUUACAGCAGAAGCACCAACAAGCUGCUCAUCUGCAGGCUCAGUUCCAGGCACAACAAAUGCCACAACUUCCACAAAUUAAUGAUAUGAGCAAUGAUGUAAACUUAAAGCUAAAACAGACUGCCACUGUUAAGCAAACAUUAAUGCAGCAAAAUCAUUCAUUAGCUCAGCGUACAGUUUAUCAACAACAGCAGCAGCUGCUGCAGUUUAAGACAGGGACAUCACUUUCUGUCUCUUCAUCACCACUCCUCUCGACUGCUUCUCCUCAAGUCUCCCAGCAAUCCUCUCCACAAAUAGGUCAGCAAAAUUUAGUCACAUCAUCAGUUCAAGUUCAGCCUGCUAAAGUUGGAACUCCCUUGCAGCAGAUGACCUCAGAAGAUGCUGAAAAACAAUCGUCAGCACUUUCUUCAAUUUCAAAUGUUGGAUGUGGUCAGGGAGUUCAGCAGACAGCUACUGCAAUAGCUAUUGGUGCACCAGGAAUUUCUGCUUCACCUUUAUUAGAUGGUUUUUCGCCUACCCAUCCUCACAAUGUUGUCAACCCGGAGCAAACCAUUUCAGCUGGGCUUCUUAUCGAAGACAAGUCAAGUACAGAGGAACCCCCUUUUGAGCGCUUGAUAAAAGUGAUAAAUAAAAUGUCGCAUAAGGCCCUAGCUUCUGCUGUGAAUGACAUAGGCUCAGUAGUAAGCUUGAUGGAUAGGAUGGCUGGAUCUGCACCAGGAAAUGGUUCCAGAGCUGCUGUUGGGGAGGAUCUCGCUGCUAUGACAAAGUGUCGUUUGCAAGCAAGAAACCUAAUGUCUCAGGAUGGCAAUGCUGCAACAAAGAAAAUGAAGCGCCAUAUGAAUUCCAUUCCUCUAAGUACUGUAUCUUCAGGUGGAACUGUAACCAACAGUUUCCAACAAUACAAUAACGAAGAGUCACUAGAGAUAAAGUCAACAGCAACUUCCAGAAUAAAGAGGCCAAGAUUGGAGAUGAGCCAUGUUCUCCAAGAUGAAUUACAAGAAAUAUAUCAACAAUUGAUCGAUACUGCAGUUGAGAUCAGUGAAGAUGAUGAUGAUGCUGCUGCACUUGCAGCUGAAGGGAGAGAUGGGGUUGUGCUAAAAUGUUAUUAUAAUGCAAAAGCAUUGAGCCCAAACAUGAAACCAUGCUAUAGAUUGUCUCAAAUGACACCUAUUUCGCCACUUUGUCUACUCAUUCCAGUAGAUUAUCCAAAUAGCUCUCCUGUACUUCUGGACAAAGCUCCCACUGGAUCAUGUAAGGAAUAUGUGGAUCUCUCAUCUAAAGCAAGAGCAAAGUUCCAUGCAGCUGUGCGGACCCUCCCACAACCAAUGUCAAUAUUGUCACUGGCAAGAACCUGGGAUGUGAGUGCUCGGAGCACAGUAGUUGAAUAUGCUCAACAAAGUGGAGGAGGGAGUUUCAGCUCAUGUUUUGGUACAUGGGAAAGUUGUACAAAUGCUUGAGAAUUCUUCAUUUAAUUGUUAUAAAGUAUAUUUUUAUGUAUCAUAUAUAUAAGUGAUUGUAAUCCUCAUGUCUUUCAAAAUGAUCAUCUAGUUGAUAUUAUAGCCUGGUUUAAAAUGCAUGGAAGGAAACAGCAAGACAAUUAACUGUUUUCGGGGAAAUGUGAAAUGAUUAUAACCAACCUAAUGUGAUAUGGUACUGUUGAACA